AUGUACGUGGCAGCCUUGCGCGACAACCUGGGCAGCAGCCUGUUCAACAAGCUGACGUGGAAGGAGCAAGUCAAGGCGGACAUUUUGCUUUAUGGCCUUGGUCACCGUUUGACGUCGAAGGCUGAUGAGCUGCUUGUUGCCAAGCGCUGGGGGUUCAUGCCUGUCACUGGCUGUGUGAUCGGCAUAGAUCUCAAGAAGAACCUCACCCAGGCCGGCCGCCGGCAGGGUGAAGCUGAGUUUAUCGUGUUCGGCCUCAGCAGCAACUUCCCAUUCAUGCAGCUGGUAACGGACAUGCAGCGCGGCGGGUUUGCUUACUACAAGCUGUGCGACAGGAACGGCCAGCAAGUUGUGGUGGAGCGCGUCCUGCAUGGCAUGGGCGCAUUCUACGACUUCCUGAAGGAUGCCCUGUCAGACCUGCCCUCGGCCCUCACCAAUGCAGACGCACCACCCGAAAUCCCGGACCAGCUGCAUCACCCUGAGCGCGUCAAGCUGUGGGAGCCUCCACUGCAAGGGCGUGCUCCUGCGUUUAGUGAUGGUGCCGAUUGUGGUGACGAUGCCUUGCACGAGUUGAGCGACUGGUUCCCCAGCAAGCAGCUGCUGGAGGCGACCGGUGAGCUGCCGGAGGCUGUGGACUUCUCUGACCAGGCCGCCCCGAUCCCCACGGCGGCGGCGCCGGCUGCAAUGGACGCCCUCGGCGGCGACCUGGGGGACCUGCUCGCGCAGCUGCAGGCGACGCAGCAGGCCAAGGCGAGCGUCAAGCUCAGCGACAGGAAUGUGGUGGAACUCGUCAUAAAAUUGAAGCAGCUCGGCCUCAUCGGGGACGACCUGCUGCACACCAUAAACGGCAAAGAAUACAUUACAACGGACCGACUGAAGGCGGACGUCAAGGCGGCGCUCGCGGCGGCGGGCGGGCGGCUCGAGUUGGCUGAGCUGCCUGCCCUCGUCGGCGUUGACCUCACCCACUGCGAGAAGCAGGCCGCCCUCAUUGUGUCCGAGUCUGGCGGCACAGUCAUAGAGGCGGCAGGGGAGCUCAUCACCAGCCAGUACUUUGACCUUCUGGCUGCUGAGGUGGACGACCUGCUGCAGGAAUCGGGCGUGCUGAGCCUCGCUGACCUGGCAGUGUCCUACUCCCUCAGCAGCGAGCUGCUGCUCUCCACCGUCAAGGCCCGCGCCGGCGCCGGCGGCGCCAUCCGCGGCCGCCUCGAGGGCUCCCUCUUGUACACGCCCGCCUACGUGCGAAACCUGAAGGCCCGCCUGCGCGGCGCGCUGCGCGGCGCCGCCGCGCCCGCGGGGCUGGCGGGGAUACUCAAGGACCUCGGCCCCGCCGACGGCCUCGCCGGCGGCGGCGGCGGCGGCGUGGCGGCGGGACUUGUGGAGGAGCUGGUUUCUGAGGGCGCGGUGCUGGGGGCGCUGAAGGGCGGCGUGCAGGGCGGCGUGUGGACGCCGGCCGUGUACUCGGGCGCGCAGGCGGCGGCGGUGAAGGGGUUCUACAGCCAGAACGGCUGGGUGGCGUACGACACAGCGCGGCGGAUGGGGGUGGCCAACGACAGGGCGUACCUGCAGGCGGCGUUCCCGGAGGGCAUCCCCUUGGAAACAGCCUUCGUCUCGCCGUCGCUCCUGGCCCAGCUGGAGGGAGGUGUGGAUGAGGCCGCCUCCGCCGCCGGCUGGCUGGACGCGGCGGCCCUGCUGCCGCCCGCGCUCGCGUCCGCCGAUAUACUGCUGCUGCUGCGCCGCUGCCACGCCGUCGCGGCGGCGGGGGCGUCGCCCGAAAAGGAGCGCGCAAAGGGCGGGAAAGGUGCGUCGGAAGGCGAGCGGGCGAAGUUCCGGCGGCUGGAGGUGCUUGCGGGGAGCUGCGUGGUGGCCGGGCAGCUGCUGGAGGCGGCCCGGGGGAAGCUGGAGGAGGCCGCAAAGGAAGCUGCCGAGAAGGCGAUCAAGGAGCGGCGCGCGGGCGGCGGCGGCGGCGGCGGCGGCAAGAGCGACGGCGGGGCUGGCGGCGGCGGCAAGAAGCAGGCGGCGGCGGCGGUUGGCAGCGACGAUGACGAGGAUUGGGGCCGCGGUGGGAAGAAGGGUGGGAAGAAGGGCGGCAAGGGCGGCGGUGGCGCCAAGGCCAAGGGCGGCGGCGGCGGCGCGGCCAAGGGCGGCGGCGGCGGCAAGGGCGGCGGCGGCGGGGGCAAGGGCGGCGGCGGGGCGGCGGCGGAGGAGGGCGGCGACGGGGCGCUGUCGGUGCAGCGGCUGGCGGAUGCUGUUUUGGAGAUGCAUCCGGAUAUGGAGGGCGCAGGCAGCGACCCAGACCUCCCAACGGCAAUCGCCGAGCUCCUGCACCCCUUCGCCGUCGCGGCCUACCAAGCCGCGCUCGCCGCCGCCUUCACCGCCGGCGCCGACGCUCGCCGCAAGGCGCGCGACGCGGCGUCCAGGGCGCUGGAGGAGGCGCACGUGCGGCUGCAGCUCUACGCUCACGGCUGCGAGGGCCUGGCGGACGACGAGCAGCUGCAGUCGCUGCUCGCGCGCCACGCCGCGCGCACCACCGGCGCAGAGUGCGUCGACGCGCUGCUCCGCUGGUGCCAGCUCGAGUUUGGGGACGGCGACGACGCGGCCGCGGCCGCGCCGGCGGCGGGCGGCGCGGAGGGCGGGGGCGGCGCCGUCGCGUACUCGGCGGCGGAGCGGGCGAAGCUCGUGAAGGGUCUGAGCGCCGACGUGUCGGGGCCGGUGGGCAAGGCGGUGGAGGCGCUGGCGGCCGGCGGGACGCAGGAGGUGGAGUCGGCUCUCGAGGCCGCCGCGUCGGAGUGCGGCCUGCGGCUGCGGCGGCUGGACAAGAAGAGUGAGAAGGCGGCUGCGGCGGCGGCCAAGGCGCGGCUGCUGGCGCUGCUGUCGGAUGAGGAGGACCCUGCGGCCGCGCUCGCGCUGGCGCUCCCGCUGCUGCACCUCAAGGCCACCGGCCGCCUGCUGUCGGUGCCCGGUCGCGCGAUGGGCCCCGUGCUGCUGCGGCUCAAGCCGCUGCUGCCAGAGGACGGCUUUGCAGUGGCGCAGGGCUUCUUGGACGGCGUGGUGGAAUUGUUGAAGCAGCAGGGCGGCGGCGGCGGCGGCGGGGAGGGGGAUGGUAGCCCGGGGCCCGCGGAGCGGCUGGCGGCGGCGCUGCCUGCGCUCAAGGCGCUGGCCGGCGCCGGCGGCGGCGGCGGCGGCGAGGCGGAGUGA